AUGUUUUUGCAAACAGUUUCGGUAUUUUUGGCUAUUUUGGCUCUUGCCAGCAGCCACGUCAUUAACAGUGAUGAGCAGCUGCCAAUUUUUGAAGCUUCAGAUUCCACAAACAUAACAGAAGCCAACAUUGCAUGCACAAUCGAUAUCCACACACAAACUGGAACUCCACAGCCUGUUUACAUCCGUCCUGGUACAAAUCAGUUCUUUCAUCCAGCAAAUCGCAAUGGACAGAUUCAAAUGACUGCAAAUGAGGCUAUGGAGAUGUGGUGUUCAGGGACCUGGGCAAGUCCAUCUAGUGCACCAAAUUUAAUAACAGCAACAUGUGUCAGUGGACAGACAUUCCAAUAUAAUGGAAUUAAUUUCAACUUUAAUGACUUCCGAUGUUCGGGAUGGCCUGCAUGGACAGCACGACGAACAACUACAGGCUGUUUUAAUGGUGGAAUUUUAGUUGAUUUUGGAUUUCAAGUUACCACAAGAUGGCUUCAUGUCUACACAGUUUGUCAUGAUCUAGCACUAGAGACUAAUUGGUUCACUCAAUACAGACUGACUCCAAUAUCAGAUGCUAAUCAAAGAAAUGUUGUACGUCCGUCCUGGUCACAAGCAGGCUUCUUUACUGCAAACAAUGUUGACACUUUAUAUACAAGACUUACACAAAGGGCAACAAUAGCAACAAUCUUAGGUGAUCAAGCAGCUGCUGAUCGUUGGAUUGAGGAAACUAGCGAAGUGUUCCUUGCUAGAGGUCAUAUGGCAGCAAUGACUGACUUCAUUCUUGCCACAGAACAACGCUCGACCUUCCACUUCCUUAACGUUGCACCACAAUGGCAAACAUUCAAUAAUGGUGACUGGGUGGCAGUAGAAAUGUCAACAAGAAGCUUUGCAGCUGAUCGAGGACUGACUUUGGAUGUUUAUACAGGAACAUGGGGCAAUGGACAAUUGUGGAACACAGCAGGAAGUUGGAGAAAUAUUUUCUUGGACUGGCCAGCUCAAAGAAUUCCAAUGCCAAUGAUUUACUAUAAAAUUCUAAUUCAUCAAGAGACAUUAAGUGGAGUUGUGCUGAUUGGCGUCAAUAAUCCACAUUUAACAUUGACUGACAUCCAAACUCGUGGAUAUAUUGUCUGUCCUGAUGUCAGCAAUCAAAUUAAUUACAUCAGCUGGACGAGAACUAACUUGAGACGAGGAUAUUCGUAUGCAUGUGAGGUUCAUGAAUUUACUCGAGUUGUUUCUCACAUCCCUGCAAUAAAUAACAUUAGGUAUCGAUUACUUACAUGAUAAGCUUGUGUGAGAAAUAAAAAUGAAUUAAAAAUCAAUUAAAAUUUU